AUGUUGUCUUUGUUGGUCGUAAUCACAACACUAUGUUUUUUGCUUGCUUCUUCUGUAUCCACUGAUUUUGAUGCCGUAGUCGCUCUCAAACAAGGCUUUGAUUCCAUUCCUUUUGCUUUGGACACUUGGAAUUCUUCUAACCCUACUUCAAUUUGCUCAUGGGCUGGAAUUAAAUGCUUACAAAACAGAGUGGUUUCACUCGAUUUGUCAAACAUGAGAAUCCAUGGCUCUGUUUCCCCUCUUAUUUUGUCUCUUGACAAUCUUGAACAACUUUCUCUCGACGGCAAUAACUUCACCGGAGAAAUCAAUCUCUCCAAUUUGACUUCUCUCCGGUUUCUAAACCUAUCGAAUAAUGCCUUCAGUGGUGGGUUGGAAUGGAAUUACUUAAGCCUGCCAAAUUUGGAAGUUUUUGAUGUGUACAACAACAAUUUCUCGUUCCCACUGCCUACUGGAAUCACGAGCCUCAAGAAACUCAAGUAUCUGGACUUGGGUGGGAAUUAUUUCUAUGGGAAAAUUCCGGAGAGCUAUGGGAGAAUGGUUACUUUGGAAUACUUAUCACUCGCAGGAAAUGACCUCCAUGGAAGAAUUCCGGCGGAGUUGGGUAAUCUUACCAACUUGAAAGAGAUUUAUAUGGGUUAUUACAAUGUGUUUGAAGGUGGGAUUCCGGAGGAAUUUGGGAAAUUGGUGAAUCUAGUUCACAUGGAUCUUUCAUCAUGUGAAUUAGACGGACCAAUCCCACCGGAGCUUGGGAAUUUGCAUUCCAUCGACACCAUUUUCCUGCACAUCAAUCUCCUUUCCGGUCAAAUUCCAAGGCAACUCGGGAAUCUAACACGUCUUGUGAAUCUUGACCUCUCUGCCAACGCAUUCUCCGGCGAAAUCCCAAAUGAGCUCGGAAAUCUCAAGAAUCUAAAGCUCUUGAAUCUGUUCAUGAACAGGUUACAUGGGUCGAUACCGGAUUUCGUUGCAGACUUUCCGGACUUGCAGACACUUGGUCUCUGGAGUAACAAUUUCACGGGUGUGAUACCAGAGAAUCUUGGCCGGAAUCGUAAUCUUCGUGAGCUCGAUUUGUCGACCAAUAAGCUCACCGGUACUAUCCCUCGUGAUCUGUGUGCCUCUAAUCAGCUCAGAAUCUUGAUUCUCCUGAAAAAUUUCUUGUUUGGAUCGAUUCCAGAGGAUUUGGGUACUUGUUCGAGCCUUGUUAGAGUGAGAUUAGGGGAGAAUUACUUGAAUGGUAGCAUUCCGGCAGGACUCAUGUACUUGCCGGAGUUAAAUUUACUGGAGCUGCAGAGCAAUUACUUGUCCGGUAAUCUUUCUGACAACUGGAAUCCUUCUUCAAGACCAGUUAAAUUAAGUCAGCUGAAUUUAUCGAAUAAUCAACUCUCGGGUUAUCUGCCAUUUUCUCUUUCGAAUUUCUCUUCCCUCCAAAUCCUUUUACUCGCCGGAAACAGAUUCUCUGGCCCAAUUCCGACGUCUAUCGGUCAACUCCACCAGGUCUCAAAGCUCGACUUAAGUGGGAACUCCAUUUCCGGUGAAAUCCCACCGGAUAUCGGAAACUGUCUCCAUCUCACUUAUCUUGAUUUGAGCCAAAACGAUCUUUCUGGCUCAAUUCCAACGGAGGUUUCAAGUAUCCGAAUCUUGAACUACUUUAAUGUCUCAAGAAACCACCUGAAUGAUUCCAUUCCUAAAUCCAUCGCAAUCAUGAAAAGUCUCACAAUCGCUGAUUUUUCGUUCAAUGAUCUCUCGGGUAAACUACCUGAAUCGGGUCAAUUUGCGUUUUUCAACGCUUCCUCCUUCGUGGGUAACCCACAGCUUUGUGGCGAAUUGCUGAACAAUCCUUGCAAUGUGAGUGGAAUCACCAAUUCCGCUAACAAAAAGCCCGGAAGGUUCAAGUUAAUUUUCGCUCUCGGUCUUCUUAUUUGCUCGCUAGUUUUUGCGGCUGCAGCUAUGAUCAAAGCCAAGUCAUUCAGAAGAUCGGGUUCAGAUGCUUGGAAGAUGACAUCAUUCCAAAAGCUCGAAUUCACAAUUGCCGACGUUCUUGAAUGCAUCAAAGAUGGUAAUGUGAUAGGGCGAGGCGGAGCCGGAAUUGUCUACCACGGCAAAAUGCCAAACGGGACUGAAAUCGCAGUAAAAAAGCUUGUUGGGUUUGGAAACACGACUCAUGACCAUGGGUUCAGAGCAGAAAUACGAACCUUGGGCAACAUUCGGCAUAGAAACAUCGUGAGACUACUGGCAUUUUGCUCGAACAAGGACACCAACCUUCUCGUGUACGAGUACAUGCGAAACGGGAGUUUAGGAGAGGCAUUACAUGCUAAAAUUAAGGGCGGCAUUCUCGGAUGGCAUCUACGGUACAAAAUAUCAAUAGAAGCAGCUCGAGGGUUGUGCUACCUACAUCAUGAUUGCUCGCCGUUGAUUGUGCAUCGAGAUGUCAAAUCUAAUAAUAUUUUGCUGAACUCGAGUUACGAAGCUCACGUAGCUGAUUUCGGGCUCGCAAAGUACCUAGUUGAUGGUGGCGCAUCCGAAUGCAUGUCCGCAAUUGCGGGUUCAUAUGGUUACAUUGCUCCUGAAUAUGCUUACACUUUAAGGGUGGAUGAGAAGAGCGAUGUUUAUAGUUUCGGGGUUGUACUUCUUGAACUGAUUACAGGGAAGCGUCCAGUGGGAGGAUUUGGUGACGGGGUAGAUAUUGUACAGUGGGCUAGAACAUCGACCAGAUGUCGAAAAGAAGAAGUCAACUGCAUUCUCGACUCGAGGUUGGUGAAUGUUCCGCUAGAUGAAGCGAUGCACUUAUUCUUUAUUGCCAUGUUAUGCAUUCAAGAAAACAGUGUAGAAAGACCGACAAUGAGAGAGGUUGUCCAAAUGCUCUCAGAAUUCCCACGAGACUCGCCAGAGAACCAAACCUCGUCGUCUUCAAUUGUUUUUCUUCAACCGAAGAAACUUGAUAAAGAUAUAACUUUCCCGAAGCUCGGGCAAGAUCUUUUGGUUUAGAAAGUCGGGUUUUUUGUUUAACUUUCCAAAAUUGGCUUCAGGGUUUUGCUACAAACAUGAAAUGUGCAAGAGGGUUAUCAACGUAUCUCUCUGUGUUACUUUAUGAAUUAUAACAUAGAAGAUGAGGGGUAAAUUAGUAAAUUUAGUUGGUUAUAGAGUGUGGCCUUUGGAUAGACAUAAGAGAACCUUUGCAACCUUGAUGUGUAUUCUUUUUGUUUAUAUGCAUGUGAAUGUAUGUAUUGUAUUUUAUAUGCCUUAAUGAAGCAAUGCAAAUCAACAUA